AUGAGUUUGCAAGCAUUGAAUAAUCUAAAUCUUUCUAGAAAUAAUUUGAGUGGGACUAUCCCUCAGACAAUUGGCAAUCUGAGCAAAAUUGAAUCUCUUGAUUUGUCAAUGAAUGCGUUCUUUGGUCCCAUUCCUCAAAGCUUAUCAUCUUUGAAUUUUUUGAGCUAUCUGAAUCUGUCAUUUAACAAGUUAAAUGGAAGAAUACCAACGGGGCAUCAACUCCAGACCCUCGAUGAUCCAUCCAUUUACCUUGGUAACGAAGGGCUUUGUGGUGUCCCACUUUUGAAGAGUUGCCCUGGUGAUGAUAAACCGUCAUUUGUUAAUCAACCUACAGAAACUAAAUUAACCAAUGAUGAUCAUGAGUUUUUGAUGUGA